CAAUGGCAUGCAAGAGCAAGCAUUCUAUGCUCCGCUGUUUCAAGGAAACGCCACAUGCCGAGUAAACUGGUCCGAAUCGAAGCAGCUUAAUGAAACAAAAUGGAGGAAAUUAACGACACCCAACGACGAUAAAUUGAUUUACGUGGAAAAUAAUACAAGUGAAAAUUUAAAAAUUUUAAAGGUGCAAAAUAGCGCAUUAAAUAAGUACCAGGGUUAUUUGAUGAAACUAGUAGUUACCUGUGAAAGCGAAACAACCAAAGAAAAUCUUGAAAGUGAAUCUCAUUGUUUGCUCUUAAAGUUUCCAACAAUACUAAAAGAGACAACAUCAACAACCUCGAACAACAACGUCGUCACAGACCCCGUCCAGAUGACCACAUCACCAACCUCGAAAAACAACGUCGACACAGACCCCGUCCAGAUGACCACAUCACCCGUCCAGAUGACCACAUCACCCGUCCAGAUGACUACAUCACCCGUCCAGAUGACUACAUCACCCGUCCAGAUGACCACAUCACCAACAUCAAGUAGCAACCACACACGUCAACCCCACGAAGAACGUGAAGGAGGCUCAUCUCAGGCAAUUGUUAUAGCAGUUUCUGUAUCAAUCGCAACCAUUGUCCUUAUGUUCGUCUUGUUUUAUUUUGUGUGGUAUCGAAAACAUAAAAGAAAUAAGAAAUCGCCUCAUGAAGAAGGCCAUCCCCUUAACCCAACGUACCAAUCACAAACAGAACCAGAGUAUGUAGAUCCAUUACAAGUGAUCAAUGAUACAGGAAUAAACACCGAGAACGAUCAAGAUUCGUCAGCAAAAUAUGAAUACAUUGAUCAUCUUAAAUUGGCAAAUUUGAAGUCAAAAAAGCCAGAACCGAAGUACGAGUGCGUUGAUAACACUGAAAUGCCUCAAGCACCAGAUGUUUCAAAGAUACGAGAACUGAAAUAUGACUAUGCUACAGAUGAAAUACCGCGGCUCAACUUAAAACCUACAGCACCAGAUGUUCCAACAGAACAAGAAUUGAAAUAUGAUUAUGCUACGGAUGAAAUACCGCGGCUCAACUUAACAAAACCUGGAGCACCAUUUUCUUCAAAAGAACAAGAGCCUAAUUAUGACUAUGCCAAUAGUACUCCGACGGUCAAGCUAAACAGUCAGACACCCUCAUCUACCCUUAACAGUCCUUCAAAAGAGCCUGCCUACCAUACAUUGGAGGAACCCAAUCCUUCACCAUACUAUUCGACGAUAGAAAAUGAUGAUGAUAAAAGCUCGGAACACUCUACUAUCGUAUGAGCAAACUUUUCUUUAUUUGUCUUAUUUCUUCAUCUGUCUAAAAUUUAACUCACAGAUGUAAAAAGCUGUAGCUACUUGACUUAAUCGAACUAUUUUCUAGCUUAUCAUGUAAUGUAGAGCAAAUACAACAUAAUGCAAUGAAUAGAACCCUCACUCGGGGGCUGGGAAAAUACCUAAUACUGCUAGUGCAUCAAUGCCUUCACAAAUCAGCCAUUGUUACGAUUAGCUUAUAACAACUCAGUUGUUGACAUAAUCUGUCAACAUGUUCAAUGAAGACCUCACAGAUUAAAUGGAAAUAAACUUGCACUAAGGCAGCAACAGUAUGAACUGCCAGCACUAAAACAGCAUGUCAUGAAGUUCAUUCUCUGCUGAAUUUUUGUCAUCUUUCAACUAAAAUGUUUAUUACAACUUAUUCAACUUUUUC